GUUGAACGCCGGUCCUUAUGUUGCUCGGAAUGAAUCGACAUUGAAGCGCGAUGACCCAUGGAAAACGACGAAGUGCGAUAGGCGGACUGUCCCGCCAGGAGUGCGGCGUCGUGGCUCAAGAAUCGGCUGGCGUCAUCCCUGUCGCGUCUUCCUAGACGUCUAGCGAGCUAGCGAGGGCAGCAGGGAAGCAGCGUCACCCGUAGCCAUGGUGAUUCCGGUGACACUCGUCAACGACAUCAAGGCGGCCGUCGACCUGUCCAACCAGGCGCACGUCGAAGAUGCCAAGAAGCAGUUCGCCAACGCCAUCCGGCUCUACCGCAAGGCGAUGGAGUCGUACCUGAACGCCGCGCUGCUCAUACGUAACACGUGCGCCCCGUUCGUCGAGAGGGCCCAAAAGCUCAAGGAGUUCUCGGGCGACGCCGAGCAGGAGGUGGUCGGCGAGGGAAUUCCCGACCUGCAGAAGGUCCAUCAAAUCGCCGUGCUCUCACAGGUCCUCCCUCCAUGGUGCACCGCCGCUGGAACGGUCAUCUCCGGCAAGAAGAUGAACUUCAACGACGACAUCCAGGGUAUAGACCCUACCAAGCUUGUCCUCACCCAGAUCCUCAGUGACCCGAAGGCAAAGGCAGCGUCGACCAUUCUGCUUCACGGACCGCACGGCACGGGAAAAUCUUUUUUGGCCAAGUCUCUGUACGUCAAGUACCCCGAAAAGUCUAUCUUCAUCGUCGAUGUCGACCAGUUCGUCAACGGUGGCAUCACGCACGACGCUCCCAAGAUGACGCAGAUGCUCGUGAGGAACUACAAGAAGCACAACACCGGAGUGCUGGUUCUCGACGGUUUGGACCAGCUGUACCUAUCGGAUUACCCCGACGUCAAGAAGCCCGUUGUGGAUGCCGUGAAGGCCGAAUUGCUCAACUACAUGAAGGACCUGGCCGAGAAGAAGGAAUACAAGGAGAUCGUGAUUGCGACAGCCUUCAGGCCAUGGCUCAUCACGGACGACAUGAAGGGAACGUUCGAGGCCAAGAUCAACAUUCCCAUCCCGGAGAACGAGGAGGCGCGCAAGGCGAUCAUCAAGGCGGAACUGGGCAAGAUUCGUGUGCCCACCUACAAGGACGGCGACAUCGAGAGCUUGGCCAAGAACACGGUCCGCUUCUCGCGCUACCAGAUACUGCGAAUCAUCCGCUAUGCGCUGGCGCGCAACUUCAACAACGUUGAAGCCAUCACCAUGAAGGAAGACGCCGAGCGGCUGAGUCACAUGGUCAAGGAGGACAUGGACAAAGUUUCUGCGAUCAUCAAGGCCGACCUUUCCGAAGAGGACGAGCCCAAGCACCAGGAGUACAUCGCCGCCAACCCCACGGCUAAUUAGAAGGAGGCCAUCUGCUCUCGCUGAAUAAAGACUAGCAGCACCACCUGUGCUGAGAGACAUGAGGGGGAAACGAAAUUUAUGGAAAAAGUCCGUGGCAGUAAA